CUUCGAUCAUUCGUAUUUGGUUUCACCCAUCACAAGGAUAUAAUUUGGACUCUUACGGCGAAAAGAAUUUUGAAAUGGCAGAAAUUAAGCCUGAUGUUUCUGAAGUUAGCAAGUUCGAUGCAGGAAAGCUGAAGCAUGUAGUAACGAAUGAAAAAAAUACUUUGCCAUCUGAUGAAACGAUCAAGCAAGAGCUUCAACCUGAUGAGUUUCCUGACCGAUCAGAGGUGAAAAAUUUUGACGCUUCUAAGUUGAAGCAUGUCGAUCUACAGGAAAAGAAUCCCCUUCCUACCUCUGACACCAUCAAGGAUGAAAAACGUACUGCACCUUUCUCAGAAGUCGAGGUUUUCCAGAAAGGCAAACUUAAGCAUGUCGAAACAGAAGUGAAAAACCCGCUGCCCGAUGUUCAAAAUAUCCGUGCAGAAAUGAUGCCUGAUGUUAAGCCUGACAUGUCUGGAGUUACCCAGUUUGAUUCCACCAAACUGAAGCAUGUCGAAACACAAGAGAAAGUUGUUAUGCCAUCAAAAGAAGUAAUCAAGGAGGAAGCCGUGGAUUCAAGAGCUGAAGUAAAGUCUUUUGACCAUUCCMAGCUCAAACAUGUUGAGACCGAAGAGAAAAAUCCUCUUCCUACUCCACAAAUGCUAAGAGCAGAAAUGAUGCCUGCAAAGAAACCAGAUCGUUCAGAGGUUGCAGGAUUUGACCAAUCAAAACUAAAGCAUGUUACUACACAAGAAAAAGUUGUUCUUCCUUCUAAGAAUGAUAUCAAUGAGGAAGCUAUCGAUUCAAGGGCUGAAGUCAAAAGCUUUGAUCAUUCAAAACUGAAGCAUGUGGAAACUUUGGAGAAAAACCCUUUACCCUCAGCAGGAACUCUUCGCCAAGAAAUGAUGCCAGAAACUCUUCCUGACAGAUCUGAGGUGGCAUCAUUUGACCAAAGUAAACUAAAACAUGUUCAAACUACUGAGAAAAACGUUAUUCCCUCUAAGGAUGACAUUAAGACUGAGGCAGUUGAGACACGUGCUGAAGUUAAGACUUUUGACCAAUCAAAACUCAAACAUGUUGAAACAGAGGAAAAGAACCCUCUUCCUGAUGCUAAAACAAUAGCUGCGGAAAAGGCAUCAUCCUGAAAAUCUCUGCUUCGGAUUGAUGCCAUCAACAAGAUUACGAAAGGAUGUAUUCACUUCUAUGGAUAUAAACCAUUGAUUUAGAUAA